AAAUUGCUAUAUGGAAAUGGACAGGAAAGAAUUAAAUACAGUCAAUGAUCAUGUUUUGCAUUGCCCCGACCCUAAAUUCAGGGCCGGGAAGGGAAAAUCUAAUAUUUCAUCUGUUUUACAGCCUAAUAAGGACAAUUCUUAUAAUCCGGUGUUAUUUGAACCAGUGUGUGAAGUACCUUCGGUUCAGUCUGUUCCAUUAAUAGAAUCCAUAGGAACACAUAUGCCCUGCAGACAGAACAAGGAGGAGCAAUCUCCAAAUAUCCUGACGCUGCAGAGAGAUCACUUUUUAAAUCAACAGAUGAUAAAACACUCCAAUUUCCUCUGUAAUCUCUUACAGUUAGAUGGCCGGUAUUUUAUAGAUAUUUGUCUUCAGGAUGGAUGUGUCGGACCAAUCCAAGGUUUAUUGGAUACCGGAUCUCAGGUCACUAUUUUGUCUUUCAGCUAUUUCCAACAGAUCUUAGAGUCCUCAAAGAAUAAACCGAGAUUGACGGUAUUUGAUGGAUCUCUGGUAAGUGUAGGUGGUGAUAGUCUACAAGUGAAAGGCAAGUCCUGGCUGACAUAUAAGAUUGGUAAAAAGACCAUUAGACAUCCAACGUUGAUUGUAGAUCUUCCAUAUGAUCGGCUGAUCAUUGGAAUUGAUCUGCUCAAAAGGUUAAGAUCCAUAAUUGACUUUAUUAAUGAAGCAAUAUGGACUCAGGUAAAAACCCCAAUCUCUUUUGAACGUGCCCACAAUGCAAAACCGCAAAAUAGUUGCCAUAUGAUUGAAGAAAGACCUAAUUCUGUCGAAAUCCAUUUCCGGAACAGUCAGGUACCAGAUGUCUCAAUCCUAAAAAACGGUAAACCUGAAGAAAGCAUUAAUACUUCCUUCCACAUCAUUAAUAUCCAAAAGGACAAAAUUGAAAAGAUAAUCCUAGAGGAUGAUGUGUUAACCAUUUCUCUUAAAGGGGGAAAUCGGGAAGUAGCAAGCAUAACCAGACAUAUCCAAUCAUUGGUUAAAAUCGAGAAGACCAAUGAUACUAUGCUGGUUCCCGUACAGGUAAAUAAUAUUGCCCGGGUGAAAUAUGCCAAGCUGGAUCUCAAGUCCGAAGUCAGCUAUAUAAGUUUAGGACUUCUAAAGCAGGUUACAAAUCCUCAGAUGAUUAAAUUUUCUUCCUUACAGGAAUGGGUUUAUGACCUGGACAAAGAUGACCAGAGUCAAAAUGUGAUUGCAAAAUGCAUUUUAUCUAUCUCCCUAGGAAACAAAUCUGCGGAACACGUUUUCAAUGUGUUAAAGGAACCACAAUAUCAAAUGUAUUUAGGAAAUGACAUUAUACAUCGGUUUGCCAUACAAGUUGAUUUGAUCAAUAAUGUUUUGUGGUCCAGACUAUCAGGGAAUCCAGAGGAAUUCCAGGAUAAAGAACAAGCCUUGAGAUGGGGACAACGAAUACCCUAUGCAGUGGAUAUCUUAGUCGCCGGAAAGGUAAAAAUCCCUGAGGGAUGUAAAUCAUUUCUUUUACCCAUUCGAGUAAAGAAAGGGCAAAAGCUGAGGAAUCCAGAUGCAUUAAUUUGCUUAUCCAAUCGAAUGCAACAAUUUGGAUUGAAGGUAAAACCGAAUCCUAUAAUAAAUAUUCAUCAGGAUCCAUUAUAUAUGGUUAUCGAUAACAUGAGUCCUUAUAACAUUAUGUUACAAGAGGACACAAUGAUUGGCCUAGCCAUCGAUUCAGAAUAUUAUACUUUUGGGUUCCAAAAUGAUAUAAUUGGAUUAAUACCUGACGAAUAUCUAACAGAAGAACAAAUGGUGGAUCAACAUUGCUUUUCAACACCUGAGGGAUUGUUCAGUAUUCACUCUGUUUAUCCUUUCAAUCCUGAGGAUGGUACAUGUUACGUUGAGGAGACAUCAUUGAUCUUUAACCAUGAAAUCGAGAAAGGUGAGUAUGAGUCAUUCCAACAGGGGAAAGAUCAGAUAUAUCACACCCCAGAUGACCUGACCAGCAAGCUUGAAGAAGCUUAUGAGGUAAAUCAACCUGAAAUUUUCCCAGAAUUUCAAGAGCGGGUGGAAGAGCAACUCUCUAUAGCUGAUGCAUGUUCUGAUGAAUCAGAACGACAACAGCUAAAAGAACUAUUUUGGGAAUUCCAGGAUAUGUUUGCCAAGGAUUCUUAUGACUGCGGGGAAACUAACCUACAUGUUACAAGAAUCCAGACCGAUCCAGAUGCACCCCCUGUAUUUAUUAAACAAUACCGACUUCCGUUAGCGGCUUAUGAGUCACUCUCGGAAAUCGUUAAAAAUCUGGAGAAGAAGGGUAUCAUCCGCCCAGUACAUAGUUCUUUUAAUCAUCCAAUACUUGGAGUCCUUAAACCCAAUGGUCAGUUUCGUCUUUGCUCAGACUUGAGACAGUUGAACAAACAAGUCUACAUGUCUGGUUGGCCUGUACCAUACAUUGACCAAUGCUUGGCACAAAUCCAAGGGUCUAAAAUUUUUACCGCCCUUGAUUGCGCACAAGGAUAUUGGACAAUUAAAAUAGAUGAAAGGGAUCAAUAUAAACUAGCCUUUACAUUUGGAAAGCAACAAUAUGCAUGGACCCGAUUACCUUUCGGAUACAUUAAUGCAGGCCAUGAGUUUGCUGUAUUCAUGCACAAAGCCAUGCCUGAUGCUGCUGAACGAGGUACAUUAUCAUAUGUGGAUGACAUAUUGAUAAAAAGUACAACUUUUGGAGAACAUAUUGCAGAAUUGAGAUAUGUAUUAAAUCAACUAAAGAAGGCAGGUGUUAAACUUUCUUUACAGAAGGCUCAAUGGUGCCGAUCUAAGGUAAAUUUCCUUGGACAUGAAAUUACUGCCGAAGGAAUCAAUCCACAGAAAAAGAAAGUGGAAGCGAUAAAGAACAUGAAAACUCCUACAGAUCUCAAGGAGCUAAGAUCGUUCCUGGGUAUGAUGAAUUAUUCACGUAAGUUCAUAGACAACUAUGCAGAAAUUACAAAACCUCUUUUGCAGUUGCUGAAGAAAGGAGCAAAAUGGAAAUGGGAUGAAUGUCACGAUCAAGCAAUAUCUGAACUUAAAACUAAGCUUAUCCAGGCUCCAUGCCUUGCAUAUCCAGAAGGUGGAAAACCCUUCUAUAUCGAAACAGGUUUUACCAACAAAAGUGUAAGUGCGGUUCUUUUCCAAAAACAAGAAAAACUGAAUAAAAUAAUCGCUUAUGCCAGCAAGUCGUUAUCAUCAGUUGAAAUAAAAUUUAAUAACUGUGAAAAAGCAUUAUUAGCAACUGUAUGGGCUUUGCAAUAUUUCAGGAGUUUUAUUCAAGGUGAAAAGAUAAUUGUGGAAACUGCACAUCAAUCACUACAAUAUUUACAGAGUGGUCGAUUAAAGGAUGGAAACCUGUCAAAUAGUAGGAUAACUGCAUGGACAAUGUCCCUUAUGGGAUGGCCAUUGGAGAUCAGAUAUAAACAGGAUACUAAAAAUCCAGUUGCUCAAGGAUUAGCUGAACUCCAUGAUUGUAUUAAUGUUGAACACAAAGAUGAGUCACCAGAAAAUGACUUUCUGGAGGAACAAUCACUAUCUCCAUAUAAAUCAUAUGAAGAAGAAUACUGCAAAUCAUUACCAUGUGUAUAUGUUGAUGGCUGUUCUUUCCAUACAGAAGAAGCUGAAAAGAUGCUAGUUGCAGAUUCCGAUUAUGUUCGGAACAGCUUUGUGGAAUAUUUUCCCGGAUGGAAAAGAUCCAAUAUGAUGAGAAGUAAUAAGAAACCAGUCAAACAUGGUAAGUUGUUUUGUAAAAUCGAUGAAUUAGUUACUACCCACGGCCUUAACAUAUAUUGGAAGAAGGUAAGGGGUCAUUCGAAACAUCCAGGUGCAGAUAAAGAUGGAAAUGACUUAGCAGAUUCCCUUGCCAAGAAAGCAGCCAUGGAGGGAGAGAUCUUGGAUAUUGAUGACCUCAUGGGAACUAUCCAAGUGAAUGCCACAACAAGGAGUCAGACCCAAAAGGAAUCUCAACCUAAUGUGGCAAUGUGGAGCCAAGAUUCCCCUAGCGAAGAUCUCAUUGAGAGUCAGAAAGGGGAUCCUAUUAUUGGUUUAUUUUAUAAAUAUAUUCAAAAUCCAAAGGAUCAUCCCAUAACCAUGGAAGAAUGUGCUGAUAAAGAGGAGUUACGUAUUUUGGUGAAAGGCGAGUCCCAAUUUUCAUUACAAGAUGGAUUGCUGAUACGAACCUCGAAAAAUGGUAUUACACAAUGGGUAGUACCCGCAGCAUAUCGGGGUUUGAUGUUACAACAUGCUCAUGAUGCCCCGACAGCUGGUCAUCGAGGAGAGAAAAUAACAUAUGAAUUGUUAAGGGAUUAUGCUUAUUGGCCACACAUGUUACAGGAUGUCAGGACUUAUUGUCAAGGAUGUUUGAUAUGUCCUCAAUUCCAGCCACAAGGACCCAAUCACCGGGCACCGCUGAUGAAAAGAGGAAUAUCCAUGCCAUGGUCAGACCUCCAAAUUGAUUUCAUUGGACCAGUAACAACAUCCUCAAAAGGAAACCGGUAUAUGCUAACUGUAACUUGUUUAUUUACAAAAUGGGUAGAAUGUUUGCCAUGUAAGACGUGUAGUUCUAGUGUAUGCGCAUCACUGCUCAUUAACCAUAUAUUUUCCAGAUUUGGUCUUCCCCAACGUAUUGAAUCUGACCGCGGAAGUCACUUCACCAGCGAAAUAAUGACUAAGAUGUGGGAAAUUCUAGGAGUAAAAAGGAAGCUACACAUAGCUUACAGACCAGCUUCUAGUGGUGGAGUAGAGCGUUACAAUCAAUCAAUCAUAAACAUUCUGAAAAAGUUUGUCAAAGAAUCUGGUAAAGACUGGGAUGUCAAAUUACCACUAGUUCUCAUGGCUAUUAGAGCCACCCCGAGUGCGGCAACCAAAAUUUCUCCAUUUGAGAUGAUUACGGGUAGAAAAAUGGUAUUACCUCAACAUCUACUUUAUAGAACCACAGAUCACAAUUUGAUGAAUGCAAUGACUGCACAUCAAUAUGUAGAAAAUUUACGAAAGCAUCUACAGCAUGCUUUUGCGUUUGCUCAAAGAAAUAUUGAGAAAGCUGCAGUAAGUACGAAAACGUACUAUGAUCUAAAAACAACUCAAAAGGAAUAUCAGGUUGAUGAUAAAGUUUAUCUUUAUAACUUUGCCAGAGACCAAGUAAAGGAAAGGAAAUUCUUACCUUCCUGGAAAGGUCCAUAUAUAAUCACUGAUAAAUUAUCUCCUGUGGUUUAUAAAGUUAAAAUUCCUAAUGGGGAUGAUUUUGUUGAAAAAUGGGUGCACAUUAACCAAUUACGUGUUUGUCAUCCUAGCCAACAGCUUCGGAGAAUAGAGCAAGUCGAGAGCUGAGUAGUAAGAAAUCAGGAGAUUUUA